UUGGGAGGUCACUAUAGUCCUCAUCUCCAUCCUCGCUGCACUCACUUGGUGGUUCAGAUAUCCUCUCUUAGUGCACGUAUUAGUAUUUAGCUUUCAUGGAUGUAAGUUUGAGCACGCUAUGCAACACGGAACUACUAAGGGUUUACUCCUGGUAACAAUUGGGUGGUUUGUGGAUAGUGUCAAGAGGAAUGUUAGGCUGAAAGAAACACUGUACAGUGUUAAUAGCAUUGGAGAUGAUGGUUUAGCAAUUAUCGACUUCAAACGGCUUGAUCAAAGCUCUGGUGCAGAAAAUUCGUGUCUGCCUUCUGGUUUACUGAAGCAUACUAAACAAUCCGACCUCUGUGGAGCUCCUGGUUCCCAGUUUUCAGAGAGGGAGAGAAAAAGACACUCUACUUCGUCAUCCUUUUCCGGUCAAACCUUUUACGUUGAUGUAGAUGUACCAGCAGAACUUCUCAGUAAGGUUUCUGAGGCUCUCUCUGCUGAAGGUGCUAUCUUACUAGAUCAAUGGUUUGUUGGCUGCAAUGCUACUUAUGUAGUUUGCGAAGGACAUUCUAUACAAAAAUAUAUGCGACACUCAGACCAAUGUUGUAACAUAUAUCGCAGCACUCACGAUGCCAUUUUUUUCUCCCCCUCAGCCGCUAUGGGUUCUAAAGUCUGCAAAAGAAAAAUAUCUUCACAGACUCGUCCAUUAAUCGGCCGAUCUAGCCAGGUUUACUGGAGUUAGAGAUGAUAACUCCAGGCACGGUGUUUCCCAUGAGGGCGCGACUAGGGUGACUUGUUCUGCCGAAAAAACCAGUUAUGAAGAGAGGCGAAUGAAG